AUGAGUCUGUUUAGAGAAGAAAUCUGGAAACACACACUUGUUGUGUUUACCUAUGGAGACUGGUUAGGAGUGAAGACUGUAGAGGAGAGAAUAGAGAGUGAUGAAGGUCUGCAGUGGAUAGUGAACAAGUGUGAGAACAGAUAUCAUGUCCUGAACAACAAGAACCACAGUGAUAAAACUCAGGUAAAUGAACUACUGGAAAAGAUUGAAGAGAUGUGGGCAGGAAAUGAAGAUCCUUACUAUGAAGUGGAUCUGGACCGAGCAGCACAGCUAGAAACCAAGAGAGAGACUGAAGACAAGAUGGUCAAAAGGUUGAAGACGAUCAAUGAUAGAAAGAUGAGAGUAAUGAAAGAACUGUUUGAAGAUGAAAGACAGCAAGUCACUGAAAUCAACAUUGUUCUUAUUGGACAGAAAUGCUCAGGAAAAAGUAGAGCUGGAAAUCUGGUUCUUUUCAACAAGAGCUUCAAUAUAAACUUUGAGAGAGCUUGGUUGAAAAAGAACCAACAAGAUCAGAGAGAAACUUCAACAUCUGUGAAGCAUGAAGGAAACUCUGAUGGAGUAAAAGUCUCAGUUGUUGAAACACCAGGCUGGUUCUCAGACCCAACACCACCUGACUGGAUCAAAGAUGAAGUUCUCCACAGUGUCUCCAUGUUUUCUCCUGGACCUCAUGUUUUUCUCCUGCUUGUUCCCAUCUGCAGAUCUUUCACAGAGAAAGAUCUCAAAGCUCUGGAGGAGAUCUUGAAGCCAUUAACAGAGAGAGUGUGGAGACACUGCAUGGUGCUGUUUACCUGGGGACACUGGAUCAAUGAUCUCCCUGUAGAGAAUUACAUUGUUAGAGAGGGAAAGGAGCUUCAGGAGCUUCUGGAGAAAUGUGGGAACAUAUACCAUGUUCUAAGUCCCAAACAUUCUGAUGAUCCGGUCCAGUUGAAAGAGCUGUUUCAAAAAAUGUUUGUCAUGGUGACACAAAACAAGGAUUGGUUCACAACAAAACAUCAGAAAAGAAAAUGUUCGGAUUCUGAAUCUACCUCGGCAAAAACAAAACGCUUGCUGACAGAAGACGAGUGGAACAAACGGGAACAGAACCUGAUAGAGAAAAUGUUGAAGGCUUUGUCAAAUGAACCAGAGGAACCAACGGUACCUGUCACAAAAACGUCGAGUAGCAUGGACGAGGACUUAAUUCCCGACACACAAAGUUUCCCUGAUACAGAGUUGAGGAUUGUGUUGAUUGGAGGAAGAUAUGAUGACCUUCACAGUGGUAAAAGUUCUGCUGGAAAUAAUUUGGGUCAAAAUGUUUUUGACACCAGCAGAAGAACAGCUCAAAGUGAAGCAAGACAGCAGGAAGUGUUUGGUAGACGAGUCACAGUGGUUGAUACUCCAGGAUGGUGGUGGAGUUAUCCACUAGAACAGACCCCAAAACUGGAUCAGAUGGAAAUCCAGAACAGUGUCCAUCUGUGUCCCCCAGGACCUCAUGUCUUUCUUCUGGUCAUUCCUGUUGCUUUAUAUUUAUUUCAACGUCUUAAAGCGUUACUAAAGCAACAACUAGAGAUUUUCAAUGCAGAUGUUUUCAGUCACACCAUCAUUCUGUUCACUGCAGUCGCUCCAUGUAGUGAUGAAAAGAUAAAAUCUAAAAUCAGAAGAAAUCUAGUCCUGCAGUGGAUUCUUCAACAAUGUGGAAACAGAAAACAUUUUCUCAACAUCAGUAACAGAGAAGAUAGAGAUCAAGUCAAGAAGCUUUUAGAGAAAAUUGAGACCCUGAUUACAAACAAUGGAUUCAGACACUGUUCUGCUGGCAGAAGUCAAGGAGAAACUCUGAGAAAAGAAAUGAGAGAUUUGACUGAAAGAGCCUCAAAAAGGUUUGAUCAAGUCCAGAAACAAAGAAAGAAACUGAAGCUACAGACUGAAGGUGGAAAAGUUCCUCCAGAUCAUUUGAGAAUAUUGAUGAUUGGAGGAUCAUUUGCUGGCAAAAGCUCUGCAGGAAACAUCAUUCUAGGAAAAAAGAUGUUUAAUGUUAAUGAAAAUGGUGACAAAAGAACAACCCACAGUGAAAUCAGUCAUGGUGUGGUUGAAGGAAGGCGGCUCACAGUGGUUGAUUCUCCUGGAUGGUUCUGCAUCAACACCCUUCAGGAAACCAGUGAGAUGGAUAAACUGGAAAUAGAGAACAGUGUGAAUCUGUGUCCUCCAGGACCACAUGCUGUGCUGCUAGUUGUUCCUCUGGCAAUCAAUGUUGAUAAAUCAUAUCUGAGAUCUGUUCAGGAACACAUGAGUCUGUUUAGAGAAGAUAUCUGGAAACACACACUUGUUCUGUUUACCUAUGGAGACUGGUUAGGAGUGAAGACUGUAGAGGAGCGAAUAGAGAGUGAAGAAGGUCUGCAGUGGAUAGUGAACAAGUGUGAGAACAGAUAUCAUGUCCUGAACAACAAGGACCACAGUGAUAAGACUCAGGUAAAGGAACUACUGGAGAAGAUUGAAGAGAUGUGGGCAGGAAAUGAAGAUCCUUACUAUGAAGUGGAUCUGGACCGAGCAGCACAGCUAGAAACCAAGAGAGAGACUGAAGACAAGAUGGUCAAAAGGUUGAAGACGAUCAAUGAGAGAAAGAUGAGAGUAAUGAGAGAACUGCUUAGAGGGGAGAGUCAUCCAAUCACUGACAUCAGGAUUGUUCUUGUUGGUCAUAAAUGUUCAGGAAAAAGUACAGCUGGAAACAUGAUUCUGUUCAAUGACAAAUUUAGAAUGACCUUUGACAGAGCUUGGCUGAAAAAGAAAUACCAAGAUCAUGAAUCUGCAACAUGUGUGAAACAUGAAGGAAACUUUGAAAGAGUCAAAGUCUCAGUUGUUGAAACACCAGGCUGGUUCUCAGACCCAACACCACCUGACUGGAUCAAAGAUGAAGUUCUCCACAGUGUCUCCAUGUUUUCUCCUGGACCUCUUGUUUUUCUCCUGCUUGUUCCCAUCAUCAGAUCUUUCACAGAGAAAGAUCUCAAAGCUCUGGAGGAGAUCUUGAAGCCAUUAACAGAGAGAGUGUGGAGACACUGCAUGGUGCUGUUUCCCUGGGGAAACUGGAUCAAUUAUCUCCCUGUAGAGAAUUACAUUGUUAGAGAGGGAAAGGAGCUUCAGGAGCUUCUGGAGAAAUGUGGGAACAGAUACCAUGUUAUAAACCCUGACAGUUCUGAUUGUUCUGUUCAAAUCAAAGAGCUUUUCCAAAAGAUUGUUAAUAUGGUAAAACAAAACAAAGAAUGCUUCUCAGUUGAAUGCAAAAAAGAAAAUGUUUUCAGUUUUCUCAGGCCACCAAAAGAACAGACACUUACAGAACAAGAAUGGAACAGGAGAGAACAGGAGCUGAUAGAGAGAAUGAUGAAAGCUUUAGCAAAGGAACCAGAAGAACAAACGUUGCUUCAUGUAGAAACAGCACAGAGCAAAUAUGAAUGUCAUGACAUGAGUGGAGAUGUUGCCUCAGAAUGUGGGAGCAUUUCAGAGAAACAGAGACGACGAGGACAGAACCAAGUUGCUGAAUGGCUGAACAACAGAGUGAGAGAGUCAGAGAUCAGCUCUGGGAUCAGCAGCAUUUCUUUCUCAGAAACUUACAUGGAAAACCUUGAUGAAAAUCCUGAAAUUGAGUGAAGUCAACAUGCAAAUUUAGGAAAAUAA